GGGGAGUGGUCAUCGAGUAACUGGGGUUUACGCUGACCGUGGUGGAAGCCGGAGAAAGUGGAGGAAAACAAGGCUGGUGGGUCUUGUGGUUAGGGGAGAAAGGACCUUCAGACGUCGGAGUUGACACCCAACAGGGGUGUGGCAGAGCCGGGACACUAAGAAUGGCUUCCUUUGGAUGGAAGAGGAAAAUUGGCGAGAAGGUCUCAAAGGUCACUUCCCAGCAGUUUGAAGCUGAAGCUGCCGAUGAGAAGGAUGUAGUUGAGAAUGAAGAAGGGAACUGGCUUCAUGCCAUUAAACGUAGGAAAGAAAUUCUCUUUGAGGGCUGUGCUGAGAAAAGUAAGCAGCUGAAGGAUGAAGGAGCCAGUUUGGCUGAAAAUAAAAGAUAUCGAGAGGCAAUUCAAAAAUGGGAUGAAGCACUGCAGUUAACCCCAGAUGAUGCCACCCUGUAUGAGAUGAAAUCACAGGUCCUAAUGUCUCUUCAUGAAAUGUUCCCAGCAGUACAUGCAGCUGAAAUGGCUGUCCAGAGAAAUCCACAUUCAUGGGAGUCUUGGCAAACUUUGGGCCGUGCUCAGCUUGGAUUAGGAGAGAUAGUCCUGGCAAUUCGAAGUUUUCAGGUCGCCCUUCACAUCUAUCCAAUGAACCCUGAAAUAUGGAAAGAAGACCUUUCUUGGGCACGAACACUCCAGGAGCAGCAGAAGGUAGCACAGAAGAUUAAAAAGUGUGAAGCAUCAGUGGAAGUAACCCAUUUCUCACCAAAGUCAAUACCUGACUAUGACUUUGAAAGUGAUGAGAUUGUUGCUGUUUGUGCGGCGAUUGCUGAGAAACAGAAGACGGUUCCACCAAAUAAAACGAUGGUUAUUGUGUCGGCUUCUGGGACCGUAGAGACGGUCACUGAGAAGGAAGACGGUGCUACACCACCAGAUGGCUCUGUUUUUAUCAAAGCCCGAUGAAGUAGCGGGAAUCCUUUGAAUCUGUCUUUUUGAUUGCCACUUAAAAUUUUAGGCAUAGGGACGUUAACUGUGGAGAAACAGAGCAAAACUCCUGUUUGUAAAGUGAGUUUUGCAGAUGAGACAUAUAAAAACUAAACGGUAGAAUUACUGUACAGUGUUUGGACUAUGAUAAGUUAUGAUUUAAACUUCUUAAGAUUAGAAAUCUGAGUACGGUGGCUUUUUACUAAACUUAAUGUAAUCCAAAAAUAUAAGCGAAUGCAUUUUAAAGACACAACUUGAAAAGUGAAUUCUCUACUAGUGAAUCACUUGAUGGCCAGUGUUAUUAAAAUGCUGACUUGUUGACUUUUGUGUCAUGAU